AUGUUCUUUCGAAACGCUCUAUUUAUUCCCCGUUUCUCUCGUGGGUUGGCGAGCCAUAGCGGACCUUUGGCUGCUAUCCCCGCUACCCUCCAUCUCAAAACUGGCCAGUCAUUCAUUGGUCGCUCGUUCGGUGCUCCCAAAAGCAUCUACGGCGAGACUGUGUUCUCCACCUCGAUCACGUCAUAUACUGAGUCGAUGACGGAUCCUUCGUAUCGUGGCCAAAUCCUUGUUUUCACAACGCCUCUCAUCGGAAAUUACGGUGUUCCCCUCAACCAAGCUCCAAUUGAUUCCCAGGACGUUGGAGUGGUGCUGGAAUCCCAACGAAUUCAGUGUGCCGCUGUUAUUGUUGCCGAUGUCGCGGAGAAGUUCUCCCACCACACCGCUGUUGAGUCUCUUGCUGCUUGGUGUCGGCGUCACGAUAUUCCGGGCAUUACUGGUGUCGAUACACGAGCAAUCACUCGCUUAUUACGUGAUCAGGGCACGACUCUUGGUCGCAUUGCGGUCGGUGAUGAUGUCUUAGCUCCACCACCCCAAGCUGAAGAGUACUGGGACCCGUCGAAGGAAAACCUCGUUGACCAAAUUUCGACGAAGGAGCCAUAUCAACUGAACUCUAAUGGCUCUAUCAAGAUCGCCGUGCUCGAUUUCGGUGCCAAGGCGAACAUUUUGCGCUCACUCGUCCGCCGUGAUGCUGCUGUUACCGUUUUACCUUGGAACUACGACUUCAAUUCCAUACGCGACCAAUUCGAUGGUCUUUUCCUUACGAAUGGACCAGGUGAUCCAGGACAUUGCAUGGAAGCUGCUCUCAAGCUCCGUAAGACGCUCGCAGAAUGGGACAGGCCUGUUUUCGGUAUCUGCAUGGGUCACCAAAUCAUUGGAAUGGCUGCCGGACUAGAUGCGUAUCGUAUGACUUUUGGCAAUCGUGGUCAUAACCAGCCCGUUCUUGCGCUUGCUUCUGCUGGCUCAAUUACUGCCGGCAGGGUGUAUGUUACGAGCCAAAACCACCAAUAUGCGCUGCAACUUCAAGACCCUUUCCCGCAUGGAUGGGAACCCUUCUUCAUCAAUUGCAACGAUUCUUCGGUGGAAGGCAUCAAGUCCACAAUUGAUUCAGGCAAGAAGGUGUGGGGCGUGCAGUUCCACCCAGAGAGUGCUGGAGGUCCGCUUGAUACGAUUGAGAUGUUUACUGACUUCAUCUCGGAAUGUCGGAGUCAUAAAGAAUCAAUCUCUGGCAGGGUGUCUACGACGGUCGCGCCAACCCGACCACGGGUUGCUGUUGGCGCUGGCGCAUAA